AAAAGUCAGUAAAGAAGAGUGGAUGUAAAAAAUUCACUUCUGUUCGGUUUUUCUGGUAGAAGAUUAGUUGAUUAUUUAUCUCUCUUUUCUCUGUGUGUGUGCUCGACACCUUACUAAUUAAUCUUCUAUUAAAAAAAUGGCCAGUAACUCAGGCUUGGACGAAACCAGUGCUGACCGUAAUGUAGAGAUUUGGAAGAUCAAAAAGUUGAUUAAGAGUUUGGAAGCUGCAAGAGGGAAUGGAACCAGCAUGAUUUCUCUCAUUAUACCUCCAAAGGAUCAAAUAUCUCGAGUUAGUAAAAUGCUUGCUGAUGAAUUCGGUACAGCAUCUAAUAUUAAAAGUCGUGUUAAUCGUCUAUCCGUCUUGGGUGCCAUCACUUCAGUCCAACAUCGUCUUAAACUAUACACUAGAGUACCUCCUAAUGGUUUAGUUAUAUAUUGCGGGACGAUUGUUACCGAUGAAGGGAAGGAGAAAAAAGUUAACAUUGACUUUGAACCAUUUAAACCUAUUAACACAUCAUUGUAUCUCUGUGAUAAUAAAUUCCAUACUGAGGCCUUAUCGGCGCUUCUUGCAGAUGACAAUAAAUUUGGUUUUAUUGUAAUGGAUGGUAAUGGAGCUCUUUUUGGUACACUACAAGGAAAUACAAGAGACGUUCUUCAUAAAUUUACAGUAGACUUACCGAAAAAGCACGGUCGUGGUGGUCAAUCCGCUCUUCGUUUUGCUCGUUUACGUAUGGAAAAGCGUCACAACUAUGUUAGAAAAGUGGCUGAAGUUGCUACUCAACUUUACAUUAGUAAUGACAAGGUCAAUAUAGCUGGUUUAAUUCUCGCUGGUUCGGCAGAUUUUAAGACUGAAUUGAGUCAAUCAGACAUGUUUGAUCCUCGAUUGCAAACAAAAGUAUUAAAAUUAGUCGAUGUUUCUUAUGGUGGAGAAAAUGGGUUCAAUCAAGCAAUAGAAUUAUCUGCAGAAGUUUUAUCGAAUGUCAAAUUCAUACAGGAAAAGAAACUUAUUGGACGAUACUUCGAUGAAAUUUCUCAAGAGACUGGAAAGUAUUGUUUUGGUGUUGAAGAUACAUUAAAAGGAAUGGAAAUGGGAGCUGUUGAAAUCCUUAUCGCUUGGGAGAAUUUAGAGAUCAUGCGAUAUAAUCUUAAGAACAAUACAACAGGAGAAGAAAAGAUUUUACAUCUAACCCCUACUCAAGAGAAAGAUAAAUCAUAUUUUGUGGAUAAAGACACAGGAGUCGAAUUAGAAUUAGUAGAAUCUAUGCCCUUGUUGGAAUGGUUGGCCAACAAUUAUAAACAAUUUGGAGCAACUUUAGAAAUAAUUACUGACAGGUCUCAAGAAGGAUCCCAAUUUGUUAAAGGAUUUGGAGGAAUCGGAGGAAUUCUUCGCUACAGAGUGGACUUCCUUAGUUUAGAAAUAAACGAAGGCGAUGUAGAAGAUUUCGACUUGGAUGAUCUGUAAUUUAAUAUAUGAAAAAUCGAGGAGACCAGUUAAACAAAAACAAAAAUGAAACAAACAAAUUGUCACUUUUCUUUAUCCAUAACAAACUCAAAGCGAAACAAAAAAUUCAGGAGUUGAAAUAAAACGGCAGUCAGAGACUUUUCUCUGUUACCAUAAUUUAAUUUAAAAA